UUGUAAAUUACUUUUCACAAUAUUUUCUUUUAUAAUAUGUUUAUAUCUAACAUUUUUUAUUUCUUUCAUCGUUAUUUCUUAUCUACUGAAUAUGAAAGCGGAUCUAUUUCAUAAUUCAAUUUGUAAUCCGAUUUUAAUCGACUUGCAAACGAACUUGCGAGAAAUACGUUAUUCAUUUGUCGACAAUAAUACAUUAUAGCAGCUGUUUUCAUUAUUUGGCAAUUACCAAUUAAUUGUAUUCACGAAUAUACAUCCGUAUUUAUAAGAAAAGCUGUCACAUCUUAAAUACAAGGAUCCAUGUGAAAAUGAAAAUAAAAAAUCCUGACAAUAUUGCAAUGGAAAAUAAGGAUAUUAUGAUAAAUCUUUCUAUGUUUGAAAAUUUUCCAUUAUCAAAUUUAAAAAACACAAAUGUUAUUAAUCAUAUAAAUCGUUUAAUAAAUAUGUAUCAUCCUGACGAUGGUAUAGUCGCAUACGAACGAUUAUUAAAAACUUUACUAUUUUUAUCUGAAAACUUUGAUAGUAAAACGCAACAACAGAUAAUUUCUACAGUGCCAUUACCCAAAGGUGCAUCAAAUGAUUCCAUUAAAGAUGUGAUAUAUAAAACAACAGGAUUUAUUGAAAUAGCUAAUAAAAUUAAAAUAUAUCAAAAAAGUAAUGUUGUUCUUAACAACAAGCUUAACUCUGAAGAUGCAACUGAUAAGACAAGAAUUCAUUUAAAUCGGAACAUGUUGAUGGGUCUACCUACUCAAAAUCCUGAAUCGAAUGAAAAUUUUAUACCUUCGGUAUGUGAAGUAUUUCGAGGUUUUCCUCCUAAUGAAAUUUCUAUGAUACAUAGUCAUGUAAGGAAUGUGAAUUAUAUGUAUGAUACAUUAGAUUAUGACACUCCAUGCAUAGAACCUUUUGUGGAUAUAAGUCAAAAUUUUCUACCGCAUACUGAUCAACAAGCAGACUUGAUGAAGCACCAAUCAAAUUUAAAAUUUAAAUGGGUUCAUACACCGCACGUUUUGUGCAAGAAAAGUAAUUAUCAAGAAAGUUUCUCCAGCUCAAUGGAUAAUAAAUGUUUUCAAUCGUCUCUUCAUAGAGUUAACAGUUAUAAUCAAUGGAAUGUAGUUAAUGUACCUCAUACAUCGCAUCAGUAACAUAAAUGGGAACAGAAUUUCAAAUACAAAUACACCUG